AAGACCGGCUAUUUAGGCGCUUUUCCUUAACUUGGCGGCUGCAAGUUACAAGCUUAAGCAGCUCUUCAUGUCUGCUCUCAAGUUUGCAGUUUCUGCACUCAACCGCGAGAAACCUCAUUCAUCUAUUACCGAUUGGGUAGACAUUCUCACCUCACCUUCAUAUAAUGAUGAGGCGUAUGAUGGAAUCCCGGAACUAGUAGAAUCAAUUGCGCUACAACCAACAGGAACUCCCGAAGCAUCCAGAGCAAUACGAAAGAAGCUCAAACAUGGAGACGCACACCAUCAGUACCGUGCACUUGUCAUACUGAACGCACUUGUCGACAAUGGUCCCCAGAAAUUUCAAACCACGUUUGCCGACGGCCAGCUGGUCGAUGCCAUAAAGCAACUCUCAACUGAUCCAACGACGGAUCAGAAAGUUAAGAAGAAGCUCAUGGUCGUUCUUGCAUCAUGGCACUCCCAGUUCAAGGAUGAUCCAUCGAUGUCCGUUGUUGCAGGUCUCUUCAGACAAUGUCGUCCUGCAGAUCGUCGCAGCCAAGGAUACUCAAAUAAUGCAGAUCCACUUAGUCACGGGCCAUCAUCUGACUACGAAAGGAAAAUGAAAGAGAGGGACGAAAAGGAGCUGGCGAAGCAACAAGCCAAGCUGGAGAAGCAAGAAGCGAAGAAACGGGCACGUAAAGCUGAGGAAGACGCAAGGAAGAAGAAGGUCCGAUCCCGUCGACCCCCCUUCGACUUUGAAGCUGAGAAGCCGCAAAUACUGACAACCAUCGCUAACGCAAGUCAAGCGUCCAGUAAUCUGGUGAAUGCCAUAAAGCUGGUGAAUAGCGAGAAAGAAAGCGUGGUCUCGAAUGAACGUGUGCAGGAGUGUCUCGGAAAGGCACGUGCUAUCCGUAAGCCAAUAGUGCGCUAUAUCCAACUCGUGGAGAACGAGGAAAUAAUCGGAGCGUUAAUCGAGACGAACGAGCACAUUAUCACCGCCCUGCAAAUGUAUGUCAACCUUUCAGCUACUGAUCAGACGACGGCGUCAGAUCCUACAGCGAAUAUACAAGCCGCAAUGGCGACGACACACCUCAGCCCAAAUAGUACAGGCGAGCUGUCGGUUCAGCAACGAGCAGCUGUAGAACAAUACAAACAGCAACUACACGAUUAUGAGGAGCAAGAAAGAAGCAGGAAUCAUAUCCACGAAGAUCUUCGAGAUCUAUCGUUUGGUUCUCUGGGUAAUGAAGAGGGGAAAUUGCCCCCACCCAUGAGACCAACCGCACAUCGUAACAUUUCACCGGAUUCGGAGUGGGAUCAGGGUAGGGGAAGUCUCUCUGAUUUCAGUGACUACGAGAGCGAGGGAGAGGAGCAACCUAGAAACGUCGCACACCAACCUGCAGCGUCUUCAAGCUUGCGACCCUCAGAAAGAAUUGUGGAUGACGAGGAUCCAUUCGCCGAUCCGUUUGCGGAUUGAUAUCGAAGUAUACCCGGAGGGAUGCCGUGGGAUCGGCAAUAUAUUUUAUGCACAUGUAGUCAAUCUUUCGUCAUCUCUUGUAAUAACAGGUUCUUGCUGGAAUUAUAUGAUGAUACUAGGAUGAAUUAUACUG